GUGAGGGGAACUGGAGAGACACACCCGGACCAGCCCCCCGGCCCGUUCUCUGCAGGGAGGGGAAAUGGAGACACACACCCGGAGCAGCCCCCCGGCCCGUUCUCUGCAGGGAGGGGAAAUGGAGACACACACCCGGAGCAGCCCCCCGGCCUGUUCUCUGCAGGGAGGGAAAUGGAGACACACACCCGGAGCAGCCCCCCGGCUUGUUCUCUGCAGGGAGAGGAAAUGGAGACACACACCCAGACCGGCCCCCCAGCACGUUCUCUGCAGGGAGGGGAAAUGGAGACACACACCCGGAGCACCCCCCCCGGCCCGUUCUCUGCAGGGAGGGGAAAUGGAGACACACACCCGGAGCAGCACCCCCUGCCCGUUCUCUGCAGGGAGGGGAAAUGGAGACACACACCCGGAGCAGCCCCCCGGCCCGUUCUCUGCAAGGAGGGGAAAUGGAGACACACACCCGGAGCAGCCCCCCUGGCCCGUUCUCUGCAUGGAGGGGAAAUGGAGACACACACCCAGAGCAGCCCCCCCAGCCCGUUCUCUGCAGGGAGGGGAAAUGGAGACACACACCCGGAGCAGCCCCCCCGGCCCGUUCUCUGCAGGGAGGGGAAAUGGAGACACACACCCGGAGCACCCCCCCCGGCCCGUUCUCUGCAGGGAGGGGAAAUGGAGACACACACCCGGACCGGCCCCCCCGGCCUGUUCUCUGCAGGGAGGGGGAACAUCCCUCCCUUCCUGCAGGCUGUUCAGAUGCCAUGUUCUGCCUCUGAGCCCCCUGCGACCAGUUCCCUGCCCACCCCUUGUAUCCUCCCUGGACCAGCUCCCUGCUUCUUGCUGCAUCCAGCCCCUUCCCCCAGCUCACCAGGGCCUGGGGCACCUCCCUGACCCUGACACUUGGCACAGUCCCUCUUCCCCCAUCGGUUCCUGCCCCAUGCUGGCUCGGUGGGGCAGGGCCCUGCUCCAGGGCCCUUCCUGUAACCCUGCUCAGGCACUGCCCCCGCGCCCAUUGCCCAGGCCAGGUGCCCUCAUGUGGCUCCUCUGGCUGCCCAGUUUCCUGGCCAGGGGGCGUGUGGAGUUGCCAGACCUCCCCCUCUGCACUAAGCAGCAGUAAAUGGUUUGGGGGAAGUUGCCUUCUCUCCAGCUCAAGUCCUCACAGCCUUAAAGAGCCAGGCCUCAGCUCUGACACUGCACCUGGCUGGCCGCAGGAGGGGGAGCCCAGAUCAGGGGGGGCUCCCACUGCACUGCCGGGGGGAGCUAGAGAGACCCCUGCCCCAGCGCCCGAGAGAACCUGUGGAGGCAGGAGCAGCAAGAACCUGAAUUCAAUCAUUAAUUGCAUGGGGUCCAGUGGGUUAGUGUGGGUGGUGCUGGGAGCCAGGACUCCUGGGUUCUACCCCCAGCUCUGAGAGGGGAGUGGGGUCUAGUGGCUAGAGGAGGGCUGGGAGCCAGGACUCCUGGGUUCUACCCCCAGCUCUGAGCGGGGAGUGGGGUCCAGUGGGCUAGAGGGGGGCUGGGAGCCAGGACUCCUGGGUUCUACCCCCAGCUCUGAGCGGGGAGUGGGGUCCAGUGGGCUAGAGGGGGGCUGGGAGCCAGGA